CUUCAGACUCUUUCUCUCUCCCUCUCUCAUCCCCCUCCCCACAUAUACACAAGCACUGUAUAGUGCUCUCUCUUCCUUCACUUCUCUCGAAAGAACUCAAUGAAUCACAGCGUUCCUCAGUGGCAGAUGGAAGAAGAAGAAGAAGAAGAAGGAGGCCAAUGCCUAGUAAACUCUCCCAAACAAGGAGGCGGAGGAGCCUUUCUACUUACCAACGCCGAUUCCUUAAGCGACAGCUUUUCCCUGUGGGACAACGAAGUUGCAGAGCUCACAUGGGAGAACGGCCAAUUGGCAAUGCACGGGCUCGGCCCACCCAAGCCCGCAACCUGCAAGCCGGCCGGAAACAGGCACGCCUGGGAGGCGGGCGGCCACCCAACAGCCAACGGCACCCUCGAGUGCAUCGUCAAACAAGGCACAUCCUUUCGUGUCCCGGACAAGGUCCCGGGGGCGCCGCAACCAGCGGACCUUCCCCCAUGGUUCAGGGACGCCUUGGUCCCUUGCGCCCCAGCACCCGUGCCCACACCCACCCUGCAGGGUAGAGCCGGGACGGACCGCCUCGCCCUCGACCUUCCACCCACUUCGAACUUGUCCACCUGCGUGGGCUCUUGCCAGUCCCCCUUCCCGAGCUGCCAUGCCCAUGGCAAGAAGGAAGGCCGGCCGGAAGCCGAGUGCCAGAAUAUCGCAACGGUGCCGGAAGUAAAUCGCCUGGGCUCGAGCUUGUGCGUUUCAGAACGUCCAGAGACGAUUCGGUCCUUUUCACGAGUUGGUAGUGGCACUAUGGGCACAGGCUACCCCUCCACCGCCUUGGACACGUGUGGAACAAGCGAUUAUGCCGGAGAACUGAACACGUCCCUUGGGUCGCCGGAAAAUUCAAGUACAAUUAAAGAUGACCAGGGCUCGGUAUCCCACACUAGAUCCAAGAGGGAGGAAGAAGAGAGCGAGAACCGGAAGAGGAAGAAGGGACGUUCUUCAAUCUCUUCUGCAAGAAGAAGUAGAGCUGCUUCGGUUCACAACCAAUCAGAACGUAAACGGAGGGACAGGAUCAACCAGAAGAUGAAAACUUUGCAGAAGUUGAUACCCAACUCCAGCAAGACGGACAAGGCCUCUAUUUUAGACGAGGUGAUCGAAUACGUAAAGCUGCUUCAAGCCACAGUCCAAGUGAUGGGCCAGACGAACAUGCCGAACAUGAUGCUGCCGAUGAGCAUCCAGCAGCUCCAAAUGUGUAUGUUAACACAAAUUGGCAUGGGCAUGAACGCCGGAAUCCGGCCUGGCCACGCCGGAAUCCGGCCGCUCCUAAAUCCUGCCAACUUCAUGCAGCCCAACCUCGUCGCAGCUGCCGCCAGUUCGUGUGACAAGCUGAGAGAGACGAUCGCUGGUGCUUCACUACCAGAUCCGAUCUCGGCCGUCCUCGCAUGCCAAGCACAGACCAUGAAUGCAGAUCCCUUUAAAAUUGCUACCUUGUACCAGCAACUAUGUCGGCCAUCGCCACCGCCGCCACCACCACCACCAUCAACUGCCAAUGGCUGGGAGGGCUAAAAAUUUCUCAAACAUCUGUAUACUGAGAAGCUUGCAUGCUCACACUCGUCUUUUUUUCUUCUUGAUUGGUUUUGGCCUUUUUAUGGUCCCAAAAUCUGCCUUAAGGUUAUAAAUGUUUGAAGAGAAGCAAGUUUCAAAUACAAAAUCUCAAUGAAAGAAUCUGUCAUGUGUAUGUCGAUGACAAAGAAAAGAAGAUACAAAGAUCAUUAUCUACCUUAUAGGUAUUGAAU